UUCUUACUUUUUUUUUUUUCCAUCCUUAAUAAUCUCAUCUCCAUUCUAGAUUUUUCCAAGACGGAGUUUGAAUCGAUCGAACUUAUAAGGAAGAAAUCUUGAGAUCUUUGAAAUUUUAGAAAUUUCUUCUAGAAAUUAGAUUAGAUUAUUAAUAAGGAUUGACCGGUGUAUCGAGUUUUAUAAGUUUCCUUCACGUUUGGACGCCAUUCACUCGAUACGAAUGGAUCGACUUUUCUGUAGUUUUUCCUGACGUUUUUCCAGACACGUGGAAAGGGUUGUUACGCAAGUUUAAUUACACGCAAGUUAAUCAGCGCACGAUUCACGCGAAUAUCAAAUUUUUUUUCUAUCGUUCCGUUCGAUCGUAAUUAUAUUCGUUACUUGAUGUUACUUGAAUAAUUUGUUGUUUAAAAACAGCUUUCAUUUAACUCGUUAUUAUAACUAAACUGAAUCUAAUAUUACGUAACAAUCAGUUUACACGUAGUAUGACAUAAAACUAUUAUCACAAAGAGUGAAAUUAAUUCGAGAAAUCAUAUUCGCCGCAGAAACACAGCUUCGACAACUCGUCAACAUUUACAUUUUUGAAGAGGAACAGGAAACGACGAUCGAUUUAGUAAUCGUCCAACAAAUUAAAACGUUUCAAAAUCAGAUAAAAAUUCUUGACGCAAGAAAUUCCAAGAAUUUCUCUAAUCUCCGCUCCCAUCUACUAAUGUAAGACAAAUCCUCAAAACUCUCGAAGAGUUACUCUCAAACGGAGGAAUUUUUUUAUUACAAAUUAUUGACAAAUUUCUUAAUUGCUUCGAAACUCGAGAGAAAGUUCCGAAAACCGAAUUCGAUCUCUUUUCGAAUUAUUUCUGAUAAAACGACAAAAAAAAAAAAAAAGAAGAGAGAAAAAUGGAGAAGGAAGGAAAAAUCGAUGACCAGUCUAGAAACAGCACGAGGUUGCACGUGAAAAAUAAAAAGGCAGAAAGAGAAAGGGAAAGGGAGAGGAAGAGAGAGGGCCAGUUCUGGCUAACGAAAAUUCUGGGCUGCUCAGUUGUUCACGAGAAAGUGUAACAGUGUUCACGAGUUCACGUGUUCAGAACUCGAAACAACAAUUGCUCAGAGGUCCAAGCAACUGUGGGUUGCUUCAGUGACUUUUUGAGUGGAAUAAUCGCGGGGGAGAAUGCAGUCACCUGCUGUUAUCGUUGCAUAACAAACCGGGUAGACGAUGAGAGCCUCGAAGAGCACGGACCUGGCGAUGAUGAUGGCUACCUAUGGCCUGCGAUUCCUCGUUGUCGUCUUCACGAUCGCGGCAGCUGCCACAUUUUUGCACGUGAAUAAUUACAGGCCCAAACAAAUAUUCCUCUCGUGCGACAGACCAUGCCAUCACCUGGACUGGCCCAUGAUUUGUCGAGUGAAACUCACUUUGGAAGUGUUCCAGUCACUCAGCAAAUCCUGCGGCGAUUGUCCGAGGAACGAGACCGCGUGUUUGGCCGACCAUUGCGUCUCGGCUGAUGGACAGAGACGCGGCAUACUGACCGCGAAUCGUCAGAUGCCUGGGCCCACUAUUCAGGUAUGCGAGAACGACAUCCUCGUGGUGGACGUGAUCAACAGGCUUCCAGGUAAAGCCGCGGCGAUACAUUGGCGGGGUCAGAGCCAGCUGGAGACACCGUACAUGGACGGAUCCCCUUUGGUCACUCAAUGCCCGAUACCGAGCUACACCACUUUCCAAUACAAAUUCCGCGCCUCCGCCGCUGGAACGCAUUUGUGGCACGCUCACGCUGGGGACGACGUCUCGAAUGGCAUAUUCGGGGCGUUGAUAGUGAAGCAAGCGGACAUAAGGGAUCCUCACAGGGCAUUGUACGACGUCGACGACUCGAGCCACGUGAUUCUGGUGAGCCAGUGGCAGCACUCGGGCGAGAUCACGUUCACGGACGGCCACGCGAAACCGGCCAUCCUUUUGGUGAACGGACGAGGACGGCAGCCGAACGGACCCAGGGUUCCUCUGACCAAGUUCACCGUGCUCCCUGGACGGCGUCACAGAUUCCGGUUGGCCAACGCCGGUGGCGCUGGAUCCUGCCCGAUAACUGUCCUCGUCGACGCUCACCCCCUCCUUCUGAUCGCCCUCGACGGCCAACCGGUCGAACCACGCCAAGUCGCAUCCAUCACUCUGGCCAAAGGGGAGAGAGCGGAUUUCGUUCUGAAGGCGAAUAAACGGAUAGCUUCGUACUGGAUCAACGUACACACGUCGAAGGAAUGCGGGGCAAGUUCCAUAAAUGGCGGCGCAAUAUUGAACUACAAGGGAAGUUCAACGGAGGACCCGUUGCCCGCGGCGGAAGCCGUGCAACAGCCGGAAGCCGAGGAAUCGAACGAUCGAAUCGCGAUGACGACAAAUCCAGCGGACAAAUGCGGGAAUCCGGAGAGCCUGUGCGUGAUGGAAGUGCACUCGUUGAGGAAGAUGCCAUCCGGGUUGGGGAAACCGAAAACGGACGUCACCGUUCGUUUGCCCAUUAAUUACAAGCUUCAAACGAACGACAUCGUAGGGAACGGGGUCGAGACGAGAAUUCUGAACGUGAACAACGCCACGUUCACGUAUCCAUCCUCACCCUUGUUGUCGCAGGGUGGAGACGUCUCGGGCGAGACUAUGUGCUAUUCCACCCCGGACGAGGACGACGCUCGCGUCGAGAACAACGAAACUGCAUCGCUGUCGUCGCGACGCUGCCGCCGUAGCGACGCUACCGCCUCCAACGUUUGCGAAUGCGUCCACGUGAGGUAUAUACCGCUCGGAGCUACGGUCGAGAUCAUUCUCCUCGAUCAAGGUGGCCUGGACGAUCUGGUGUACCAUCUGCACGGAUACACGUUCUACGUGGUUGGAGCCCGAAAAUUCGGGCGCAGCGUGUCCCUGCAAGAAUUGAAGAGCAUGGACGACAAGGGACAAUUGUUCUCUCGGAAUCUCGACUGCACGGUUGCCAAGGAUACCGUGGUCGUGCCGAAAUUUGGCGUGGUUGCUCUCAGAUUUAAAGCGAACAAUCCAGGUUAUUGGAUGUUGCGGGACGAGCACGCGGCCGAAUGGACGCGUGGAUUGGACGUGAUUCUCCAGGUCGGGGAAACGAGCGACAUGGUGCCGGCUCCGGAAGAUUUUCCCAAGUGCGGAUCCUUCGUCGGUCCCGAAUACUUUCUCAUAUAAUCUUAUGAAUCGCGUACACCGUGUACAUAGUUGUAAAUAAUAUACGGAUAGACUGAAAGUGUGUAGACUGGCAAAUAUAUUUCACACUUGUUUUCUUUC